GCUUGUAGAUAAGAAUUUUACGUUUUAGUUUUGUAGUCCAGAACUGUCAUAAAUGUAACAAAAUUACGAGUACUAAAGAAACAAAGAACAUAAGUUUGUUACGAAUAUUUACCAUUCAAUAAGUUUGUCUUUGCAGUAAGUCGUUGUCGGGCUCGUUGCCUACGUUUCACUUUAUUCUCCAGCCAACACCUGAGCUAACACACGCCAAUAAUAACUGCCGUACCGUGCCGCGCACAACUCCUACGUAGCGUGGCUGCAUAUGUCGUUGAAGCCACCACCCUGACACGUAUCCGGCGCAUGCAGUGACAGGGAGAGGGAGAUCCCAGGAUCAAGAAUGCGGAGGCCCAACUUCAAGUGGAUGGUCAAGUCCAUCCUGCUGCUGCUGAUAUCGCUGACUCUGUUGGUGCUCAUCACCAGCUGGAUAUCGUCGAGCCCCUACACGAACCGGCCCGUUCAUCACAGCGUCGAGCCGCAGCCCGAGAAGGCAGAGCUCAUGCGCCCAAAGGCCGCCGCUGUGAACGAAAAUGUAGUGGAACGCAUCCAGCCAAUUCAUGUCGAUGCGCGCAAGCCAGACCCGGAAUCCGCGAACGAAGCGGAUCCAGAAUAUCCUGACGAACACCCCAAGCGGUUCCGGCCGAAGCACGACGAGGUUGCCCAGCAGCCUGAGCAAGAGUUGCACCAGAAGAGAACCAACGAAGAGCAGGCCGUAAAGGAUUGGCAUGACUACGCGGCAAUGGAUAAAGACGCUGUGCGCGUGGGUAUCGGGGAAGGUGGCAAGGCGGCGAAGUUGGAGGAUGAGGCGACGAAAGAGCAGGAGCGUACAAUUUCCCUGGAGAACGGCUUCAAUGGUCUGCUCUCCGACUCGAUAUCUGUGAAUCGCUCACUGCCCGACAUUCGCCACAAACUCUGCCGCCAGAAGGAUUACCUGGCCAAGCUGCCCACUGUCAGCGUCGUCAUCAUUUUCUACAACGAGUAUCUGAGCGUGCUGAUGCGCUCCGUGCACAGUCUAAUCAAUAGAUCGCCCCAGGAGCUGCUCAAGGAGAUCAUUUUGGUGGACGACUACAGUGACCGGGAAUAUCUGGAGGAAGAGCUGGAGCGCUACAUAAAGGAGCACUUCAGCCAGAUGGUGCGUGUGGUGCGACUGCCCAAGCGCACGGGUCUGAUUGGAGCUCGUUCGGCUGGUGCAAGGAAUGCCACCGCGGAAGUGCUCAUCUUCCUCGACUCGCAUGUGGAGGCCAACUACAAUUGGCUGCCACCGCUGUUGGAGCCAAUUGCCAAGAACAAGCGCACGGCGGUCUGUCCCUUCAUUGACGUCAUUGACCACGCCACCUUCAACUAUCGGGCUCAGGAUGAGGGUGCACGCGGUGCCUUCGACUGGGAGUUCUACUACAAGCGACUGCCCCUGCUCGAAGAGGAUCUAAAGUAUCCUGCCGAUCCCUUCAAGAGUCCCAUCAUGGCCGGCGGGCUCUUUGCCAUAUCCAGGGAGUUCUUCUGGGAGCUGGGUGGCUACGACGAGGGCUUGGACAUCUGGGGCGGUGAGCAGUACGAACUGAGCUUCAAGAUCUGGAUGUGUGGCGGCGAAAUGUACGACGCGCCCUGCUCCCGUAUUGGCCACAUCUAUCGCGGCCCUCGCAAUAACGUGCCGAGUGCCCGAAAGGGCGACUACCUGCAUAGAAACUACAAGCGUGUGGCCGAGGUCUGGAUGGAUGAGUACAAGCGCUAUCUGUACGAGCAUGCAGACGGCGUCUACGAACACAUCGAUGCCGGAGAUCUCACGGCACAGAAGGCGAUACGUAAGAAGUUAAAGUGCAAAUCCUUCAAGUGGUUCAUGGAGGAGGUGGCCUUUGACUUGAUCCACAGCUAUCCGCCCAUUGAUCCGCCCACAUACGCGCUCGGCGCCAUACAGAAUGUCGGCGAUAAGCGCCUGUGCGUAGACACAAUGGGACGCCGAAAACACAACCGGAUGGGCAUGUACGCCUGUGCCGAUGACCUCAAAGUGCCACAAAAGUCACAGUUCUGGGAGCUCAGCUGGAAGCGGGACUUGCGGCUGCGCCGCAAGAAGGAGUGCCUCGAUGUUCAGAUUUGGACUGAGAAUGCGCCCGUCUGGCUGUGGGACUGCCAUUUGCAGGGAGGCAAUCAAUACUGGUACUACGACUAUCACACGCAGACCAUCAGGCACGGUCUCGAGGGCAAGCGUUGCCUCGAGCUGCUGCCCUUCGCCCAGGAGCUGGUGGUGAACGCGUGCAACGACAGUAAUCCGUAUAUGAAGUGGAACUUUGGCUCCUUCAACAAGAGUGCGCUCGACCACUACGACAAGGAUCUCGUGCUAGAGCUGAACUGAGUCGAUGUACUCCACCGAUUCCCACUUGCCAUGUACUUAACACUGCGAUGUAAAUAUUUAGGCUAAUUACAUAUACAUAUACAGAUACAUUUACAUAUGUAGAAUGUAAGAUAAUUGGCCCAUUGGCACAUUCCAAUGUUGCAUUCAGCGCGACAAUGACUAUCACUAGCAAUGCAUUUAUGUACAUCAAGUUAUUUAAAGACCAGAGAAAAAUGCACUCGAGCGUGUGUAACUUUGUUUUCGUUUUAUUUAAUAUUAAUAUCUGUUUGCUUUCAAUACGCGUACUUUAAAUAAAUAUAAUUUAUGCUCCACUCACUC